GCUCUUUCGCAAUAAUACUUUUGUUUCUAAUUUUGUCGAGAUUCGAUGUCCUUUGAAUAUAAUAUUUAAACACUCAAUUAACGUUUUUUAUCUGUCUGUCUCUAUCAAAACACCCUUGUAACAAGCCCGGUGAAAACCGUACCCGAUAAGAAAUUUCCUGAAAACCGGGGAGGCCCCAUUCGAGAAAUCGAACGACACAGGCAAGGAAUUUUUCCGUUUCCUCCCAUCCUAAACAAGCUGAAUUUUCCCCCAGACAGUCAUAUCUAAACAAAUUAAAUGGUUGAGCUCGAUUUGCAGAUUUACAUAGUUUUAAUACCUGCUAUAAACAGAACCAGUGAAAAAGAGCUCGCAGGGCCCGUUACACAGGGGUGUUUCGGAAUCAUUCGCUUACUGCGAAGGAGCAAUUGGAAUGUUGAAAAGCUUUUUGUUGUUGUAGCUUUUCACGUGAAUCAGAGAAGAAGGGCUUUCCUGCUUGAAAAUCAAAGAUGUUUAACGUUAGUAAGGAUUGCCAUUGAAAUAUUCAAUAAAUUUUUGAAUUAUGUAUUCAAAUAUCUACUAGCAAUGUCGAAUCGCCUAUUUCUCCAGUGUGAUUUCGUCUCUAUGUCACCGGCUGAAUAUGAUUGACGCUGAUAUGUUACCAUGGCCGCUCGUCUGGAGCAUAUGUAAACAUUUUGAUUGUUUGGAAACUCAAAGCAAAACGGAUUGUGGAUUCCCUUGGAGGGUUUGUGAUUUACUCUCUUGUCUUUGAGAACUAUACUUGGUUUAAAAACCAUUUAUCAUGAGUACUGCAAGAUGAAUCAAAAUGAUUUGCAAACUGACGCAAGGUGGAUCAGAUACUAUAUAAGGUAAACAGACAUAGUGUGUGCAGAAUACUCAUAACAUAAUGCAAAGGAGACCGACUAUCCCUAAGGUUCCCUCGCAAACGGAAGUUAGCCUGUCUGCAAUGAUGGGCUUGCGGACCAACGAAGAGCUUAAUAAAAACACAGAUAAUGAACUUUCAAGUUCAAUGGCAGCCAGUCGUAUAGCAGCAACAUAUUUUGACAAAUAUGAACGUGACGAUCUGCAAGAAGCACUUUCAUCAACCAGCCUUGAUUGGUUCUUAUCUGUAGAUGAUACUAAAAUCCAAGUCGACCCUCCAAGUGGUUUGGCAUCAAGUUUGAGGCACUUAGAUGACUUGGAUGUCAUAUUUGUCUUAAUUCCAGCUCCUGAAAAUGUCAACAAGUCACUUGAAUUAAGGGAGAUGCAUCAAAUUUUGAGAGAGCUGGUUACAGGGAUCUAUGUUCUAAAUCAAAUACCAGGUAUAAGUUUGGAAUCAAACUUUGAUAAAAGCACAUCGUGUCAAAUGCCUGCAUGCUAUCAUGAUACAAGGAUUGGUCAAUUGAUGAUCUCUGUUGAUUACAUGAUGAAAAGUCUUUGGCAUGGGGCAUUCUUUCCUAUGGAUAAAAGGUCUAAAUUCAAUGAAAGAUGGAGGCAAGCAGUUAAUUUGAACACAGUAACUGGAGAGGCUGAGACUAGAAGAAGCCAUCAGCUGAUAUGGAAGGAAGCAGGUUUUAUUGACAUUGCAUCUGAUGAAGAUUUCCGUGAAUCAUUUUCAGGCUUUAAUGCUUCAGUUAUUACUGACAAGAAAUUUGCUGAUGAGCAGAAGUUUUUUAUGAAAUAUGCAGAUGAUCUAGCAAUGGUUCUUUCAUUUGAGCAAAAUACAAUUAGGCAUUUCAAAAAUAUGUUUGUUGUUGAUGUAAACACUCAAAUAUCAGCUAAGAUAAGAAGCCAAAACAUUGACCUUAAAAGUUAUGAAAGGCUUCAGAGACAGUUUUACUCUCAAGAGAAAUUUUUGAGAGAAAACAUUGAGAAGAAAGAGCAGAUUAGGCGAGAAAUCACCCUUCUAAAGUUUGUAAGCCUUCUUGUGCCACUGCUUAUUGGAUUGAAAAGAAAGAAUAAGAUACCAAACAUAAGUGACUUUUUGCCACCAUUGACACAUGAGGAGUGCAAAACUGAUAGGGAGUUACCUCCAAUUGUUAUUAGCGAAGAUCUGUUUUGUAAAAACUUUGAAUCAUCAGAUGAUUAUAUUGGUCUUCAUGGAGGCAUUCAGUUUAUGAGAGAAACACCAACUGAUUUCUUGUUACCUAAUCUCGGAGUAAGACAAGAUUACAGCAAAAUAGUCCAAGCAGAUGAGAACAAUUGGAACAGACUCAACAGAGCUGGCCCUCUUCUUGAUAGUUACCCUUUAAGUCCAAUUGAAAUUGAUGGUAAACAAUACUUUGUUUUCUCAUUUUGUACGGAGACAUACUACCCAAUCACACCAAAACUGCCAAAAUGGGUCCAUGCACACUAUGAUGAGAUAGCUAAACUAAAGCCAAAAAGGCUGCCACUUUCUGAAAUCCACAUUCAUGAACAGUUCAGAAAGAGAUUUGGGUAUCAGAAAACAGUUAAACUCAAACAAGUUCCUGCAGGUCUGAAAGCUUCUGCUCACAGAGGUAUGACAGCAGUUUUCCAUACCAUAUGUAGACGCCAGACUCUCACAACCUUGGGCUCAUUAGAUCCUCAAGGAAUGUCCCUUUUGCAUGAAGCUGCAUUGAUGAACAGACCUCAAAUUAUAACUCAGCUGGUUAUGAUGGGGCUAGAUGUAAAUGUCAGAAAGUUUAACAAUACCACAGGUCUUGGUAUUAUGCCACUACAUCUGGCCUCACGAUCAGGUGCAGAUGAAAGUAUAGAGGCAUUGGUUGCAUUCAAAGCUGAUGUGUCUGCAUUUGACUCUUUGGGAUUUACUGGUAUGCAUUAUGCUGCAUAUUUCAAUAAUGUCAACUGCAUCAGGAUAUUUUUGAGCAAGGACAAAAAUUUGCUAGAGUUGAAGACAAGAUCUGAUUCCUCAUCCACUCCAUUACUCCUUUCAUCUACAAGCGGCGCUAUAGAAGCUUUAAAAUUCUUGGUAGAUGUUGGCGCUGACCUUAAUGCAGUUGAUUCAGAGAAAAACAAUGUUGUAAACAUAGCUGUUCUUCAUGAGCACACCCACAUACUUGAGUAUUUCAUAGACCAAGGUCUUGAGAGUGCUCCAGUUUGGAAAGUCCUGGUGACCAUGCUUAACAGCAACAGUCUGUUUUACCAGCAGCAAGCUGCUAAGUGCCUCGAGGCUCUAUCACUGCAUAAGAAAGACAACUGGGAACCCAUUGUCAAAGCUGAAGGAAUCCCAGUUCUUGUUUCUCAGCUUGAAACAAAAGAUGUGCCUCUGCUAUCUAUGGUGGUUUCAGUAUUAUGUAAUAUUGGGGAGUUUGAUGAGGUUAGACAAAGAGUGACAUUAGAAAAUGCUGUACCAAAACUAGUUGGAUUGCUCUCAUGUCCUAUUGCUUUGGUACAUUCGCGUGUUGCAGUUAUUUUGGGGGAUCUUGGUUGUGUUGAGGGGAACCAGAAGGCUAUUGCUGCAGAAGGUGGAAUUGAGAAACUGGUGAAGCUGCUGUCUUCUGAAACAGAGCAUGUUUUAGUGAAUGUUGUCAAUGCCCUGCGUGUAUUAGCAGAGAAAGACCUCGAGAACCAAACUGCUAUUGGAUGUCACAAUGCAGUACCAAUCAUAAUAGAACUCAUAAGUUCAACUUCCAUUCGCCUGCAAGCAAAUGUCGCUGCAUGCAUUAGUGCAAUUGCUCAUAAAAACAGAGUCAAUCAAGAUAUAUUUAUUAGAGAAGGUGUUGUGAAGCCGUUGGUUAAGCUUCUACGAAGUAAGGACUCAAGAUGCCAGUUGAAGGCAGCUCGUGCUUUGCAGGCUCUGUCAGAAGACAAUUCCUAUGCACAAGAAGAGGUUGAUAAACACGGCGCUGGGAAGCCUCUGAUUCGUCUUCUCAAGUUGUGGGAUGUUAAUAUGAAAGAGCAAGGUGCAACUGCUCUCUGGGCACUUGCCGGUGAGAACAUUGAAAAUCAGAAAAGGAUAGCAGAACUGAUUGGAAUAAACAUAUUGGUGGAUAUGCUAAUGACAAAGUCUGAGCGUCUACAAUACGUUGCUGGGAUGGCGCUUACAGCUCUUGGAAAGGAAGAUAUUACAAAUCAGAACAGAAUUUCGGAAGGAGGCGGAAUUAUGCCUCUUGUUCGCAUUUUAAGAGGAAUCAAUGUAUCACACUCAUCUGAAAAGGUGCUAACAAUGGCGAUCGAGGUUCUGGGAAACUUAUGCCUCGGUGUUGCCCAUCAACCAAACAAGGCACUGCAGAAAGAAAUAGCAUCAACAGACGCACUGGCAUUGCUCAUCAAUUACAUGCUGAGCAACAGAAAUCUGCAAAUUAAGGUCGCAGCAGCAACAACACUUGCUAAGAUAGUACUUAGCAACAAUGUCACACAAGAAGAGCUUAGUAAGCACAAAGCUUUUGCAAUAUCACACGUACUGGACCUAAUCAGAAUAAAAGACAUGGGGAUCCGACUUAGAGCCGCAACUGCACUAGCAACCUUUGCCUACAACAACAUCGAUCAGCAGCUUGCUAUUCGUAGCUGUGGAGGAGUAAUGAUGAAAUCUUUAGAGAGUUUCUUGGAUUCUGUGGAUGAAAACCAUCAAGCAUAUGGGGCGUUUCAAAUCAUUGUACUGGCUCGUGUUAUCGUAGAUGUAGACCAGGUCACCCUAUCAGCGCGUGGUGUUAAGCUGCUUGUUAGUUUGCUAGAUUCGACAAAGGAUGAGUCCAAGGUUCUGGCAGCUCGUUUGCUGGCUAGUCUUGCCCACACAAGAGCUGGUAUCCCAGACGCCAUGAUUGUUGCUGGCGCAGUAAACAACUUGGUCCAAAACCUUCAUUCACAAAACAGUCAAGUGAGAAGGAGCUCUGCAGUUGCCCUUGGUUACCUGACAUUUAACAGCACUGCAGCAAGACUUUUGUUGUCCGCUUGCAGAAACACGCCGGGUCUGUUUGAUUCACUCGUCAAUAACCUUGGCAAUGGUAAACUUAGCAUGGCGUUUGCUGAAGAGUGGCAGAGAAAUGUCAAUGUUGGAUUGCCUUGUAACAGCUUAGAGAUGAACGGUGGACCUCCUGUGCAAGUCAAGCAGCCUCCUGAAAGACGGCAAAGACCCAAAACAAGCCAAAGUUUGCCUGCACUUCGGACCGUCUCUAGAAAUGAAAGACUACGCCGAGUUGCAUCCAUGGAGCCAAGGCCAAAAACAGCAGCGACUCGAUCGAUGCUUCCAAAAAGUAUCAGUCUGCCAGAGUGCAAGGACAAAGGCAACAUGAACCUAACGAAAGGAAGCAAAAUGUCUUAAAGCAUUUCUGUUAAUCGAAUGAGAAUGACAAAGCAAAGAUCGAAGCAAUAGCCAUUCCAAGUCACUUGCAUAAGCACACAAGACCCAGCAAGCAUUAGCACACAAGACACAGCAAGCAUUAGCUAUCUUGGCACAAAGGCUCUAAAAAAGCUUUCUAUUAGCAAUGGUUUACCAGAUUCAUAAUGUUUCAUUGUGAAAGUACCAGCGCUAGCAAGUGGCAACAAUUUUUAAUUGAUGCACACUUGAGUAUUCUAUUUGAUGAUCUCUACCACAACUGAAGAUCGCGACAAACUCACUAGAGCAUUUGUAUUACUAACGCAACAAAUACAUUAAACAAGGCGUAAAAAACGAAAAUUCAAAUAUUGCUCAGGAAUGCUUGCUCAGAAGGCUUGCUCAGGAAUCAGUUACGAACGUAGAACUCAAACAACGCGCUCUGAUAAGAGUAAGAUUGAAUUUUUAAGGUUAAAUUUUCGACAACUUACUACCAAUUGCAGAUUUUGCACUGCAACUAAAUACCUCUCUUGCAAAAUUUAUUAGCAAUCUUUUUAAAUCGAGAUGCGUACGGUGAAAAGUGUGAUAUGAGUGCACGGUUUAUGAGCAUGUGUCAGAAAAUAAAGGCAAGAUUUUUUGAAGCAUCUCAGCCCUUACACUAUACAUUUUCAUCGAGAACUAUUUUGCACCUAUGUUGCAAGUGCUUCGAGUAUGGCUCAUGAAAAUUUAUGCUUGUUAGAGUUUGACCACAAUUGAUUUAGAUGAGAAGCAUGCACCUACUGCCAUACUGCCUGGCAACACCCAAUUAUAGCGUCCAAUCCCCCUUGUCGCGUCAGGGCAACCGCUGCUACACUACUGAUCCUACUGCAUACUUCGUUAGCUCUUCGUAGUCUUCGGAAAGCAUCCUAAUGCUCAUUACCGUUCACUUGCAUGAUGCAAAUACCUGUCCUAUCCAUUCCGUCGCUAUCUUCUUUGUUUUUAUGUUUUCUUGAGUUUUUUCUUAUUUUUUCUCAGUAUACCUCGGUUUAUUGACAGAUGCAGGCGCGAGAAAUUUGGCUUUCUGGGUUCAAUUGUCAACCAUAAAUGCCUCUUUCUGUCUCCAGUCAAUCCUAGUCUAGUUUUGGUACUGGUCGCUAUGUUUUCCGUAACAACUGACCCAUCUGAGCCAUAAGUUAGUGACCCUUAUACCUACUUGAUUGGGUGAAUUAAUGGAUGCCAUUUUUACGGAACCACCCAAGUAACAGUCUUUCGAAUUUUGUUAAAAAAAUUCAACCUCUCCUUAAUCGUCUUAAAUGAUAUGUUUUAGGUAGAAAUAUUAUGUUUUCUCUCUGUAAAUAAAAUUUGUCUUUCGAAAUUAAAUUUUUAUAAAUAUUACUUAACAUCACAAAUAAUUCGUAUAAAUUGACGGAGAAAAAUUUCUGUCACAAUAAUUGCCUAUCCUAGCGAAUUUUAAAAUAGCUUAUUUACGUAGAACUGUAUUUUAUAAUACCUCCUUAUGGUUGUCGAAAAUAGUUUACUAGUAUUGAUAAUUAAAAUGAAUAUUCUCUAUGGCACAAAUAAAAAUUCGGAGUAGAUGUUGUUUUGACUUGCUUUCGUCUUCGCGAUAACUAUAUUGCAAUGAAUAUAUUUCAUUUUGAAACCUGCCCACAAAAAGCAGUCCUUCACUUUAAGGCACAAUGCUUUGGACUGGGGCAAGGGGCUACACCCCUCCCAAAGCACCAAAUUUGUGACAAAAAUUUAGAAAUCUUAAUAAUUUGUCGGAAUGUGUAGGGAAAAUUCUAUAUUUACCCGUUCUUCUCGAAAAUAAUUGACUUCAUCCGCGUAAUGGUUUCUUAAAAAUGUGAUAU